CGCUGAAUGGAGGCCUCGAGGGUGAACAGUGAGAUCUCGAGACUUGUCUGAGUUGCAAGGUUUGCACAGAGUCUAGCACGCCCAGCUCUACUACUAGAGAGGCACUAGUGCCUGGUGCAUGCCAUUGCCAAACCGCCGUCAGUCGUCUACUUUUAUUUCCAAAUGACGGUUUGGUGACAAUGAAAAUGGUGAAUACAUGUAUGUUGUUUUACUGGGACAAUGUCGUAGAGUAUAGUUUUUGAAGAGCUUGGCGCGCUGCAGACAGAACACGGUGUGCUGCUGCUGGUGCUGCUAAAGUGGAGUACGGUUAGUGCGCUAUCAGGGAAACCUAACCCGUUAGGGUGUCGGUGGCCGAGUACUUAUUAUCGUCCGUGUGUACAACAGCUAUUGUGUGGGGGAUUGCGGGAGCAAUCGGUUGGAGCGGUUCCCAAUGUCGGGAUCAUGUCGAGUGCGGAAAUGUGGCUGGCUAAUGAAACAGAGUGGUGUUAUGAAAUCCUGGUCAAAGCGUUGGUUUAUUCUCUAUGAAGAUGGACGACUGGUCUUCUACAAAUCUCCAGCAGAUUGGUCCAACCAAGGAGUGACAAUCGACCUGGCUGUGUGUGCCACCGUACAAGAUCGUGUGGCCUUCGGUGCCAAGGGCUUGUCAGUGGAUUGGCCGACUGGAGUUCUUCGGGAGUGUUGUUUUGUCAUUGCAACUCAGACCAGGCCGGUCUAUCUGUAUGGAACAAACAAGGAUGAGGCUAGUGCCUGGCUUGUUACUCUGCAGCACGCUAUGCUCAAGGCAGUAGCCAAUGCUGAAGAGAAUCCUGCAAGUCGAGUGCGUAAAAGUUCAUAUUCACCUGAUGUGAAGGACAAGCGACGCUAUUCAACGAGUAUUGACAAACUUCGCCGGAGAUUCAGCACUGCAAGCAAGUCGGUGACGAGCAAUGCACCAGACCAGGAGGACUUGGCAUCAGAUGCAAGUGAAGGUGACAGUCUAAGUGUGCAUAGCUCUCACAGUGGUGGGAUGAUGCUAGAAGAUGAUGUUGAUAGCAGGUCAAUGGUGUCCUACGUCAGCGGUACCUCACUAGGUACUAUGCAUUCUAGCCAGAGUGCAGGCAGUCGCUCGCAUGCUAAAUCCUCUGCUGCUUCAAAGGAGAGCACAACGCUGCUUAGCUGUCACAGUGCAAAGGCAUCAUAUGGCUUGAGUAAACAUAGACUACCUCCUCAGGUUGGUCAUGAUGUGCAGGAGUCAUUACCACCGCUAGUACGGGCUAUGGGUAGUAUCAAUGCAGUGACGGGAUAUUCAUACACUUUCCUGUGUAACUUUGGCGAGGUCUACAAGUCUGUAUCCUGGCAUCUAACGGGAGCUGGAAAGCAGGCUGCAGCAGACAAGGAGCGGGUUGGAACAAUCGUCCAUGAGAAAUAUCUUCUGCCACUCAGCCACUGUAUCGUGGAGAUGUGCGAAGACAGCGAACAGAAGCAGACAUUUGUGCAGCGCACUUGGAAACGGUUGAUUGAGUUCCAGUGUCGUCAGUCACCGUUCCAGGAGAGCGGGUGUCACGCAGCAGACUGCUGGCUGGACGGGGGUAUUCUGCAUGUAGCUGUCCUGGCGCAAUACUUUGGGGAACUUCCCUUUCAGCCUCUGCCGCUGUCAAUUCCUGAAGUAAACGGAGCAAACCAGCCGCUGAUCCCAUCGUUUGACAGUGGAGUUGCUUCAGCUGGUGAUCUCAUCUCCCGUUCGUCUAGUCAUGACAAGGCUAGUGUAUUUGCUGAAGAAGUCUUGGCUGAGUCACUGAAGGAAGAUAUUUCCAAAGGCACACAGCUACUCCAAGUAGCUCUACAGGUGAUGUCCGAUGCUACAAAGGUGCCGUUCACUUUUGAAUGUGAAUUCGCCAGCCUGGCAAAAAUUGUUGACCAGUCACUGAUCAGCCGACUUGCAAGUAUAGUCUACAACGACUACUUGAUGGCGAUAAGUGCAAUAAUUGUGGACUACUGCGAAGACAGGAGUUGUCGUGACGAUCUUGUGCGGAAUGUACACAGUCGCCGUAUUGUGCUGAUUGUGGAUGAUGAGGAGCAGCUUGUCAAGAACUGGGCUUACCUUGUACCUUUAGCUUCACACAAAGAUAGCGUAUCACUUGAACAAUGCAAUGGAGGCCGAGGAGACCAGUCACCGGAGACUGAGAGUAGUGAUGAAGGUGGACAAGUUGUCUGCAGAGAUGGUGUACUCUACCUAUUGGUACCACUGCAAAUAUUUAGCAAGGAGCAGUUCAACCCAUCACUUGAUGUGUUUGAGGCACGUCGACCCAAGGAUGAAUGUUCUCGAUUGAACAACUAUGUGUCAAGCUAUGCGACAUCUAAGAAGCUACCUGCUGCAGUUUGCCAUGACAUCAUGGAUGCAUCUGCACGCCUUGAGAAGUCCUUGGAAACGCUCUCCAGGAAACUUGAGUUUGAUAUCUUGCUGGAGUGCAACUUUGAGUCACUGUACGCAAGCAUUACAUCUACAUCACCAGAGUCCACUGAGUCCAGUGUUGCUAGUGGUGAAAGUCUACCUCCAGUUGCCACUACUGUCUACUGUCAUUAUGUUGCUGUACUGUGCAAAAGACUAGUCAAGUAUGUUGAAGAAGUGACAGAGCGAUCAUCAUUGCUACAGAGACAGAUCUACAACCAGAAGAUCAGCUUCCAGCUAGUCACCCGCUCUAUUAUGCAGAACCUGCUGAAAUGUCCGCAGCAAUUUCCCUUGGGUGGUCGUCAGCCAAGUGCUGGUUCCAAUGCUAUUGGUGCUGCUGAGGGACUGCUUGGCACAUUCACAUUCCUACAUCGUGGAGUUCUGCGUGUCGUCUGCUUGCCCGAAGCCUUCGGUCAGGGUAGGUUUGACAUAAAGAUUUCCAAUCUACCGUCAGUGCCUGACAACGUCCAGGUACGCUGUGUGGUGGGCCCCCGGAUUUCUCUCAGUGCAGAAUAGAAAAUGGCUGAACCAGCAGCAUCGUGCAUCCUGUGGAUUGCACAUUACAACUGCUAGAGAACCACCAACACACACACACCACUGUGACACCACCACACCUUGAUAAUAAAACAUUUAGCUGGUAUAUUUAUACAGUUUUUGUACGGAGAUUGAGUAUACAGUUUUUGUCCACUGAUAAUAGCUGUUGCAUGGAACUAGUGAUUGCCGGGUUUGUUGAGUGUACACAGCAACAAGAGAGCAAGCUAAUUGAUCAGCUCCUAUCUAUAUA